CGCGGGCAGGCUAGCUGGGUGGGUCACUUAGUGCCCCGGAACCUCCCGCGCAAGCUCGUGCAGCAGUGCGUCCGGGGAAGCGUUUGCGCGCUACACCGCCCUGCGCAGUGCCCUUCAGCCCGGUGCCGGGAGGAGAAAGUUUAGGACGCGGGACCCGGCGGUGGUCGUGGUGAUUUUCUUCCCAGUGGGCGGUCUGAGGCCAGGCCUCAAGUAAGAGCGGCCUCACCAUGAUGACCGGACGGCCGGGCCGAAGGCCCUUAGAGUUCCUGCCGGAUGAGGCCCAGCUGCCCCCGCCCAAGCUGACGGACCCGCGGCUCGCCUACUGCCUCUUGGACUAUUACUCCGCCCUCCUGAAUCACACGAUUCGGCAUGUUACAUGCAGCAGCGGUCGCCAACCUAUCGGACCUCUCGGACUACCAUGGUCUGCGGACCACCGGUUGGCGACCGCUGACAUACAGGGUUUGCAUCGCCAGCUUCUAUAUGUUACUUCCUUUUUUUUUGUUGGAUAUUAUCUUUUAAAACGUCAAGACUAUAUGUAUGCUGUGAAGGACCAUGAUAUGUUUGCAUAUAUAAAAUCACAUCCAGAGGAUUUUCCUGAAAAAGAUAAGAAAACUUAUGGUGACAAAUUUGAAGAAUUCCAUCCAGUGCGUUGAAGUCUCCAAAACACUUUCUUUGGUUUCACUGAGAACAGUUAUUUCCGAAUUUUGUGGAGCAUGAUUUCAUGAUAUCUGAAGUUUGUAUUAAUCUGUAUGUUAAUACCUUGUUAUUAAAAUGGUCAUCCUGAA